AUCAAGAAGAACUAUGAUCUAACCCAGAAGAAAAAUAAGAAAGGGAAAAUCUUUAGUGAUGAUUGUAAUUGUGAAUGUUUGCUGGUUUUGACCUAUUGUGCAUCCAUUUAUUUCCAGUAAAAAGGAAAGCUUUACUGACAAGUGUGAAUGUGUACUGUUUUUGAGUUGUUUUCUCAGGGUUCUCAAUGUCAGAAGAGGAGGGAAGUGAGCCACAGGGUUUUUACUUUGUUCCACUGCAGAAAAGGUACCCCAAUGGUAAUCGAGAUUGCCGGAGCACUCCUGGGGGGUACUGGAAGAAGACAGGAGAGGAUCAUCCUGUGAUCGGGGGUGGAACAGAGAAGAUAUUGGUCUUCUAUGCGGGGAAGAGAAAGGAUGGGGUGAAGUCAUCAUGGGUAAUGAAGGAAUACCGGCUGAACCUUGGUCCAAACGAAGGGCGACCGGAUGUCUUGUGGGUGGUCUGCAAGAUUUACAAGCAGGAGAAGGAGAGAAGGGGGAGAGGUAGCAGCUCUGUUCCACAAACACCAAUAAACACUGACAAAGGCCGUCUGCACGGGCUUGAUGAUCUUCCCGGCAGUCCGAUGGAUUCAACAAUUUCAACUCCACUACGCGCAAAUAUGCUCGGGCAAAAUGGUAGUGGUUCCUGUUUGGUGGACACUCCAUCGCCAGGGGAUGUCUCAUACGUGAGAAAGCCCGGUACUGCUUCACGAGGAAGCAGCAGUCGCUUCCAGGCGUCAUCCAAGAACCUUAGAGAGAAGCUAGACACUGCUGAAGUUAUGGGAAAUGCUGAAGCCGGUGACAAUGCACAGAACACAGACCAAGGUAUGGUAGUGUCUGAUCAUACAGAGCCACAAGCAUAUUAUUGGGGCGGUAGUGGAAUUGUCUCGGACGUGAGGCUACUGCCAAGCCAUCUUGAGGCGGUGUCUGGAAGUAGUGGAUGUCAGGUGCUGCUCAAUGUAGGUGAGUGCACUGGAGACCAGACCAGACUGGAACGGGAUGGGUGUCAGCCGUCGGACGCAUCUUUGCAGUCGUUUCCCGAGCGGCGGAUGUCUGUUGUUGGGACGGCUGGGCAGCAAGGUGUCGCCAAAAGCACGCCGGACGCUGGUCAAGUGGUUGUCAAACAAGAACCAAUGUUUGAUGGACCUGUUCCUUUGUUGGAGUCGCAGGAUAUGAGCUCUCUGUUGAGCGGACUCGCACAUGAUACUCAGUCACAGGAGAACUUCGUGCAGAACCUCGUUGUGGCAAACCAGGUCCGGGAUGUGGGGAAGGAGACCAUGGAGGUAGGGCGAGAGAUGGAACCUGGUGAUGGAACGGAUUGUGCUAACCUUGCAGGGCAAUACUUUGACCAAAAAUGUUCACAAGAUGAGACAAGUCUUGAAAACCUGGCUUCGCCCGCUCCACUGGCUUCUACUGUCCAGCUCAUUGGUGAAGGGGAAGAUGUUCGAAAGUGGAGCGGCUGCAAGUUUUCGAAAGGCGAUGACCGGUUGACACUCACUCAGGAAUUGAAUGAGGAAGGCUACAAGAAUGGGACUCAUCUGAUUGGAUCCCCGGUUGGCACGCAAAUUGCAGCGGUUGAUGAUUUGACUGGUGGCCCAAAUCACAGAGGAAAUGUACAAUGCACAUCAAGGAUUCCUGGACAGAGUCGAGUGGUCGGAGGAGGACCUGUCACAUUCUCCUCCUCUCUACUGUUCCAAAAGCAACCAAAGCGCAGCUUGUUCCAUGCCGCAGGAAUUGGCAAUGGUGAGGGUGAGGAGGAGAUCGGGUUUGGAAAUCAAUCGUAUGAGCUUUCUGCUGUCGUCCAAGGAUACACUCGUUUAGGAUGUGGCUAUCCUCAGUUCAUCACUUCGCAGUCAUCUCCUCAGAUGGGGGACGUCUCCAGGACACCAUGUGAGCCGCAUGGAAUGGAGAUUUUGUUGGCGUCCGACAAAAGCAACUCUCAGACCACAAUUAGUUAUGACAUUCUCCACCCUUCAAUAGUGGGGUCAUCUCUGAGGCCGCACAGCGGUAAUACUCCGAUCCGAUCUCAACGAAUGAACACUUUUGAGUCGGGGUCGAGAUUGGGGAUCAACUCUCUGGAUUGCGGAAGCGAUGGCAUAACAGAUGUUGGAGACGGUGGGGGUAUUGCGGAGCUGGUGAGUGGAGUGAAGAGGUCUAGUCCUGGCCAACCUGCUUCGGUGGACGGCUCGUUUUCUAAGUUAGCCCGGCGAGGAAGUGGAAAGGAUUCUUCAAGUCCGAACUCUGAAGCUCAGUCCCACGGUUAUGGGUCUCCGCGGGAUGUAGAACAUUCCGUGAUUGAGAAGGGCAGCUUCUUUGAUGGGGGAAGGAGGAAGCUGAAAAGGUUGGCGCCAAUUCCUGGAAGAGAUGAACCACUCCAACCCAUCACAAGGAUUUCUGCGCACACUUUGGAAGGACACCAGGAUCUCGGGCAGACAUGUCCUCCCUCGCUGCUGGAAGUAUCUCAUAGUUCGGUGAUGGUAGGAAGAGGUGAGCGAACUCCUCCAGUACUACCAGUGCCGAGCAGGCGCUCAGGCACACAUUAUGGUGACGAUUGUCUGCCACUUGUUUGUGGCAUGGAAGACAAGGAAGAAAGGACAGGUGGGAGCACUGGCUUGGGGCACUUUGAGGACGUCUGGAGCAGCCGGGCUGUAAAAUACCUCUUAGGGGGGGAUGAGACCAUCACAGGUCCACCUACCCCCUCAUCACAGGAUCAGUCACUGGACAGAUAUUUUGCAGAGGAUAUACCUCGACUUUCUGACGGUUCUCAGGACUGCUGAAUGCAGCCAGCCGUCGCAUUUCUACGACAGUGUGGCUGGUUGUCGACUCCUUCGUGUUGCUGUAAUAAUAAGAGAACUCGAUAUGUGUUGGUCAGCAGCUGAUGCUGAGUCACACUCUUGUUUUCAGUCCUUGCUGCCGAUGUCUCAGUCUGUUUGUGCUCCUUCGUAGUAAAGCGGCGGCCCAAUC